CAGCCGGGCGGCGGGUAGGCGGAGAAGGGAGGCAAGAAAGUAGCAGAAAGUGAGGCUGGCAACCCGCGGCAAAGAAGCCGGGCGGGUGGCGACGGCAGGAAGUCUGUGCCUGAGACAAGCAGAAAUACGAGCCAGGGAGGGACGGCGGCGACGGCGAGAGUGAAAGAGGAAACUGCAGAAGAGGAAGCUCUGCGGCAGCCGCCAGCCUCCGGCUCCUGCGCCGAGCAUCCCCGCGCCGCCAGCCCGGUCCUCCAGGGCACCCCUGCGCCCGCGCCUCGGCCUCCGGCGCCCCCUGCCCAGCGCGCCCGCUCCGGCCCCCUCGCCGCGCGCGCCGCCCUCGUCUGCCAUGGCCCGGGAGAACUGCGAGAGCAGCUCCUCCUGGAAGAAGCAAGCGGAGGACAUUAAGAAAAUUUUCGAGUUCAAGGAGACCCUCGGAACCGGGGCCUUUUCUGAAGUGGUUUUAGCAGAAGAGAAGGCAACUGGAAAGCUCUUUGCGGUGAAAUGCAUUCCUAAGAAGGCGCUGAAGGGCAAAGAAAGCAGCAUAGAGAAUGAGAUAGCCGUUCUCAGAAAGAUUAAGCAUGAAAACAUUGUUGCCCUAGAAGACAUUUAUGAAAGCCCAAAUCACUUGUACUUGGUCAUGCAGCUGGUAUCCGGUGGAGAAUUGUUUGAUCGGAUAGUGGAGAAGGGAUUUUACACGGAGAAAGAUGCCAGCACUUUGAUCCGCCAGGUGUUGGAUGCUGUCUACUAUCUCCAUAGAAUGGGCAUUGUCCACAGGGACCUCAAGCCUGAAAAUCUGUUGUACUACAGUCAAGAUGAAGAGUCCAAAAUAAUGAUCAGUGACUUUGGAUUGUCAAAAAUGGAGGGCAAAGGAGAUGUGAUGUCCACGGCCUGUGGGACCCCUGGCUACGUUGCUCCUGAGGUCCUCGCCCAGAAACCUUACAGCAAAGCUGUUGACUGCUGGUCCAUCGGGGUGAUUGCCUAUAUCUUGCUCUGUGGCUACCCUCCUUUUUAUGAUGAAAAUGACUCCAAGCUCUUUGAGCAGAUCCUCAAGGCAGAGUAUGAGUUUGACUCCCCCUACUGGGAUGACAUCUCUGACUCUGCAAAAGACUUCAUUCGGAAUCUGAUGGAGAAAGAUCCAAAUAAAAGAUACACGUGUGAGCAGGCAGCUCGGCACCCAUGGAUCGCAGGUGACACAGCCCUCAACAAAAACAUCCACGAGUCCGUCAGCGCCCAGAUCCGGAAGAACUUUGCCAAGAGCAAAUGGAGACAAGCAUUUAACGCCACCGCCGUUGUGAGACACAUGAGAAGACUCCAUCUCGGCAGCAGCCUGGACAGUUCGAAUGCAAGUGUUCCGAGCAGCCUCAGUUUGGCCAGCCAAAAUGAUUGUCUGGCACCCUCUACGCUCUGUAGUUUCAUUUCCUCUUCAUCAGGGGUCUCAGGAGUGGGAGCCGAGCGGAGACCGAGGCCCACCACUGUGACGACAGUGCACACUGGAAGCAAGUGACUGGCUCUGGAGGUGGGGCCCAGGGGCGGGGCCUCGGGCAGAGCCAGGGAAGGGGACCCCCAGGGGCCACCAGUGCCAUCAGCCACCCAGAGCGAUCCCACCUUGCAUGGUGCGCCUUCCUGCACAGGACUGGAAGACAGAAGUUUUUUAUGGCCAUAUUUUAUACUGCAACUCUGAAGUGUUCAUUUCUCACAAACUGUACUGACUCAAGGGAGCUGAUUUAAAGGAUCUGGUGCUGUAUAUAUGAAUCUUGCAAAGCUCUAGAAUGGACUUUCUUUGUCCUCUCCCCGACUUCUGUCAUUUCUGCUCUUCUCAGUAUAGGUAACCUUCUAUGUUGUAUUUUUUUCAUUAAUGACAAAAAAAAAAAAGGUUUCAACUGGAUUAUUUAAGUAUUGGUAAAUAUUGUGCAUUAGGUUUUUUUCCUUUUAAGAGAUAUGUUCUUGCAAUCUAUACUUAGUCACAUGACCUAUAUCUUUUGCUUGUUGGUAGUAGAGUUUUAUGUUAACCGUUAAGAGGUUUUUUCCCCUC